UUUUCAAAUCAGCUGAACUCGUGUUGACUUGCUCGAAUCAUUCGUUACUGGUUGUCACGAUGGAAGAAAACGGAUUAGAGAUCGCAACAAUUGAGAUGCACACGGGAGGAGAACCGUUGCGAAUAAUCGGUUCUGGCUUCCCCGAGAUUAAAGGAGACACUAUUCUGGACAAAAGACGGUACGUUCGAGAACACCUUGAUCACCUUCGCAAGCUCUUGAUGUUUGAACCUCGCGGACAUGAUGAGAUGUAUGGUGCUGUGGUCGUCCAACCACACAGCGAAAUGGCCGAUUUGGGCGUCAUUUUCAUGCAUAACGAAGGAUAUAGCACCAUGUGUGGCCACGCUGUCAUAGCACUCGGCCGCUACGCUGUCGACUCGGGCCUUCUCAGCACGGACGUGUCGCGCUCCAGUGUGGGUGAAGUACCUGUCUUCAUCGAGUGUCCUUGCGGCGUGGUGAAAGCCCUGGUCGAUAUAGAAGAAGGCAAAUCGGGCCGUGUUCGUUUCGUUUCUGUUCCAGCUUUUGCGUUUGGGCUCGAUGUGGAGGUAAACACGGAGAAAUUUG